GCGUGGGAUCGAUAAUGAAUUGAGAAAGAAGACUAAAAAAAGGAUUUAGCUCCAAUUGGGGAUAGUUUACUAGCCAAAAGUAAAUAUAUGGUAACAAUCCUACUGUUCUAGUUCUUCAGUCUUCACCAUUAGUCCCCUAAUUGUGAGCAGACUUGGGCAUAGUUUACUUUUGCAGCGUCUAAAACAGUUAAGAAGUGGGUCCCUAUGACAAGUUGCAGCCAAUCCAUAAUAAUAGUCAGUUUAAGCAAAGCAACCAUGGAAUUUUGCUGUCGCCAGUCAUUUUCUUAACCAGCCAGCCAGCUGCUGCAUUCUCAGGCUCACUUGUGUUCAUUAUUACCGUUCAGAAGACAUCACAACAAAAUGCUAUCACUAUCUCCCUAUCCCAGUCUAUUAUUUACCUCCUGACUGAACAAUUAAGAAAAGGAAAGAAACAACCGUCUCCUAGUUUAGUCUCCUAAUAACAGCAUACAAACUAACAGUGAUCCUUAAUCAAAUUGAAGAUGUAUGCAAAGGGAAGAAUCGAUCAGAAAAACUUACCCUUUUGGUGGCAGCAAGAGAACUGGAUGCUGCUGAUUGUAUUGCACCAAAAACAAACCAUGUAAAUGCGAAAGUCAUUAUUGCAGUAGUAGACAAUCCAUGGAAGGGGUUUUUGGCCUUAGUUGAUGGCUCCAAUGACUCGCCAUCAGAUAUACAACGUUCAUCAUCACUUCAGGACUUUUUGCGCUUCUUCAGUUCCUUCAAAUUCUUCAUAAGAGAGUUUCUUUCUUUCUCUUUGGCAUCACGAGUCCCCAACUGCAAUCAUUGCCCUGGACAAACAAGGAAGGAGCUCUCCCUCUCCUUCUCUAUCUAAUGCACACCCCAUCACCCCACUACUAUAUAGCUAAUCAAUGCACUCACAACCUAUUCUUCGUUCAUCCGAGUAGUUAUAGCCAUUCUGCAGAUCCCUUACCUAAAACCCAAUUUCCUCCCAUUUCUCCAACAUUUGUAGAGAGGAAUCAUGUGCAUCAUGAGAGAAGAAAGGUCCCCUUCUCCUAUGGAGGUUUCAAAAAGAAGGCAUCAACCCAAGAAACCUAAACUUCAAGUCAUUGGGCUCACCAGAAACAGGAGAAGGAGUGGUGAGGGAUACAAGGACAUGGAGCUGAAGAACGUGAAACUAUAUUUGCAGAAUCGAACCAUCUUCGAAGAGAAUGAGAAGCUGAGGCAGAAAGCUUACCUUCUCCACAGGGAGAAUCUAGCUCUGACGAGGGAGCUCCAAAACAAGUUUCCUCAUUUGGAUCACUGCUCCACGACUCUUGUACAGAAACAAUAGUUACUGCCAAGAAAAAGGAACUGCCUUUCUACCAAUCCCUUUUCACUAGCUCUAGCUUCUAUGUAUUAUGAAUCAUCAGAAGUAUUAGUUUUGAUGAUUAUACAUAGCAUUCAUGUUUAUGCCUGCUCUGCUAGAGAAGUAAUGAAGUGCAUGCAAGUCUUCAGGUUAACUUGUUGUGUUGAUGGUCUAUAAGGAGGCUACACCAACUCAGCAAUCUAAUGUCUCGUAUAUGCUUUGAUCAGUUUUAUCAAAAGAAAAGGUGAUCUUUCCAUCCUAUCUACUAUUAGUACCUAAUGUUCAAACAUUACGGAAACUAUUAGUUCAAUGUACUGCAAUAAUCAUGCCUACCCUACAUAACUCCAACAAGACACAUGUAUUUCUCAACCAUGAACUGUAUCAGCAUGCAAAGGCUUAUUAAAAUGGCUGUCAGGAGAGUUAACUUGACAUUAUCUAGCCGGGAGAUGGAUAACUAACCCUGGAGGUAAUAGUCAAACUACUACUUCCACAUUUCUGAAAUGUCAAAUGGUUCGUUGAUUGCAUGUUGAAACAAACAGCUGUCUAAACAGCUCAAAUGUUAAAAUGAAGUUGUGAAGGUAAC